AUGACGUUGACCGACGAGUACGAGGUGCAUGUGCUACCGAGUUUCGUCCCUUUUUUCUGGUGCUUUACGGGCGUUAGCGUCGUGCUGUUCUACUACGCGCUGCACUAUGCCCAGAAAUACUCGACAACGGCUGCUUUUCUCUUAACGCCAUUCACAUGCCUGUGCUUACUGUUCGACAACACUGUCAUGGCUACCACUGGUAUCGACCGUCGUCGUAGAAGUACGCAAGCCAUGCUGGCUUUUCACGCUUGUGUGAUGCCAUUGCUGCUGUUAGUAAGUUAUGAGCUCGCCUACUUGGUCCACAAGCGCAGAGCUGUUAAUUUCUGCGGCAUUCGCUUUGAAAGCGGACGUGAUGAUCGUGGCAAUGAUGUUGGCAGUGGUUCGAGUAUGGCGAGAAACCGCCACUGCUGCUGCCGGCUGUCGACGGGUUUGCGGAUCCUCGUGUGGCUCGCGGCUUGUGUCCUGCUCGCGUUGAAUUUGCUGGUGGCUUACCACUGGACAUCAAACCUGUCGCCCGAAGUUACGAGUUUGUAUGCAAUCCAGGGAGACAGUGUCGCUCAUGCGGUGAGUGCUAUUGUCCCGGCACUAGUGCUCGUCAUCUUGGCACUCUACAUUGGACUGCAACUGUGGAAUUAUGGCACUCAUUACUCGUACACGGUCCACGCGACGUGCUGUAAUCCGUGGAUCUGGAUGCUCGUGGGUGCCGUUGCACUGCUUCUUGGCUACCUCAUGCCGUCUCCACUCUACGCACUGUCGUCAAAUGCCGGUGAAGUGGUCAUGAUGGCAACCAUCGUGCGCAUGUUUCGCGAAGUGCACUAUGACAUGCAGCAAGGACUUCAGUUUGGCGAGUUUGUGGAUUCCGAAGGUGCUGCCGGCCACAGUCAAGCGUUCCCACUUUACAAUAUGGGUCCUGUGAGCUGGAACAAGAGCGCGGGUCAGCACAAAAUGAAUGCUGAGCAACCGAUCGGGUACGCCGCCAUGUCAACCCCGAACGAGUGGGCACUUCCUGCUACACUUGCCACCCAGUUUCGUCAUGAUCAAGCGCAAGAUGCACAAUCCAGCGCAAGUGCCGCUUGCCUUUCGGUUGUCGUGGAUAGAGAGCGUACUAACCAAGUGCCGUGCUAG